ACAAGAUGUUCUUACCCAUACACAUGCCUACACGUGAGGCUGGAUGUCGGUUCUGCGGUGUACCGCGUAUUGGCCACCGAAUGACCCCUUCACCGCCUUGGUCACUAUCAUUGUUGCCUCUGCCCGGUUUCUCUCCCAAACCUCAUCACCCACUCCUCCAGCGUUCUGCCAUCAACAUCUUGUCAAACUCCCACAACGUACGGUCUUCAUGCCCAGCCAAAUACCCCAGGAGUCAGAGGACUCCGGAGUAUUAUCACGGUUUCCGGGCCUUUUUCCGGCCAAAGAGGAGCCGCCAUCACCUUUCUAUACGAUGCUCCAGUCAGCAACGCCAGACUACCUUGUGCAGCGCGACGAGCCAGUCGACUUCCCGCCUGCCUUUCCCGUGUAUCACUUCUUCUACGGAACCCUAACCGCCCCAGCUCAGGUGCAAAGGAUUCUCGACCUGCCGGAGGAGCCGCAACUUCGCCAGGCGGAGGUAUUCGGUUACGCCAUUGCGAAAUGGGGUGACUAUCCCGCACUGAUCAAUGGGAAGCAAGGUCAGACGGUGAUGGGAGCUGCGUAUCUCGUAAAGUCGGAAGAAGAGGCCCAAAAGCUGUCGUAUUAUGAAACAAAUGCGUAUGAAGUUGCAGACUGCUGGAUCUACUUCAAAGACGAGAAGGAGCCCAAGGAGACCGGUGGGAAAGUCUUCAUGUAUGCGGGCGAUGCUCAAGCGCUAUUGGAGCAACGAUUUGACCGCAAACUGUGGAGUCGACAGAUGGAAAGGAAAUUGGGGUGAUGGCCUCCCUUUUUGCUACUUAUAUAUCCACACUUAUUUCCUCGUCUACUUUUUCUUGGUUCUUUUUAUUUUAUUUUUUUCGGCCCGAAUUAUUUUCAUGAUGAUGAAGAAAUGUAUGAUACCUGCGCUUCCGAAUUACCGAGGCUCCUAUAUUGCCUACUCUACGCCAAACCCAGUUGUGUGUAGUUUGGCGAAGAAACCAGUGAUACUUACGUGCAUGAUUGAUUCUUACUCCCAAACAUUGCUGUUUCAUUGAAAUACGGGUGUUGAGAUUG